AUGAACAUUGGAAGGCUGAAUACCAGCGGGGAUGCCCGAAUGUGGUGGAAGAAGGUCUGGAAACUGACUGGAAAGAAGAAACCUUCUAUCAAUCUCAGUGAGCAGGGAUCAGACUCCAAACUCGAAGAUAGUGAUGCUGCAAAUAUGAUUAAUACGUUUUUUGCAGAUCUAACAAAUGAUUUCCCAGAAAUUCAAUCCAGAUGGUCAUUGUACGGUCAUUCAGAUGUCUUGCCGACUGUUACACCCGAAAGCGUUGCGAAAAAGCUUUUGUCCAUUCAGUCUCGCAAAGCUCCCGGUCCAAACGACCCCUACCUCAAGAUAAUCAAAAUGUUUGCGCAUUCUUUUGCCAUCCCAUUAGCAAACAUUUUUAAUGCAUCAUUUGGGCAGAAGGUGUUUCCAAAACUGUGGAAAGAGUUCCGCCUAGCACCUAUACCAAAAGUAGAACCGUGCACGAAUCUGGAUGAAAUAAGACCAAUAGCUCUCACUAGCACAAUUUCAAAAAUACAGGAGUCUUACGUGGUUGAUUGGAUGUAUGACGAUAUUGAGUCUAAAAUUUGUAAGGAACAGUAUGGUGGUGUCCCACGCUCGUCAGCAGUUCUUGCGCUCGUUCACCUUCUACACAAAUGGAAUAAAGCGUUGGACUUAUCACAACGAGUAAUACGAAUUGUGUUUUUGGACUUUCGCAAGGCAUUUGAUCUUAUUGAUCACAACCUGCUAUUAGACAACUGCUGUAAAAUUGGAGUCAGACCGGGGCUGAUUGGCUGGUUGGGGUCAUAUCUGAGUAAGAGGAUGCAAGUCACAAGAUUUGGUAACGAAUUUUCUACAAGAUGCAUGAUUAAUGGGGGAGUUCCCCAAGGUAGUCGUAUUGGUCCAAUCGCGUUCGUCGUUCACAUUAACGGACUGAAGGCAGUGAUAAAAGAUACCGAGAGCAGUCUGACUAAUUCAAGCAAUGAUGAUAAUGAUGAUGGUGAUGAUGACCUCACUCUUUUCAUGGAUGAUACAACAUUGUCAGAGGUUAUUAACGUCCGUGAUCAUGUCUCGGGUACGCAAGUUGGGAGUAUGAACAAUAAUAUUAUAUAAUAUGAAAGUUAUGGAUUUUACCACGUCUCAAAAAAUGGAGUUGAACCUGAAAAAAUGUAAGGAAAUGCAGUUAGAUUUCCGUCAGAACAAAACAGUUAUUCCACCACUAACAUUCAAUGAUACAACGUUGGAAAGGGUUUCAACUUUCAAACUAUUGGGCUUAUGGAUUGACGAUAAUUUAAAUUGGCAAACUAAUACUGAUUAUAUAAUAGGGAAAGCAGUUAAGCGACUCUUUUUAUUAAAAACUUUAAAGAAAUACUGUGCUGACAAGAUUGAUAUGAAACGGUUUUACAUCUCUGCCAUCAGGCCGACACUUGAAUAUGGAGCGCAAGUCUGGCAUGGGGGCCUUACUAAAGCACAGAGCAGCAGUAUUGAGAAAGUACAAAGAAGGGCUUUGAGAAUAAUUUAUUCCGAAAAAGAUUACGAAAAGUUAUUGUUGAAAGCUGGAAUGCAUACGCUUGAACAACGUCGCAAUAAUAUGUGCAUUGAUCUUAUCAGUAAAAUGUCUGACCCGCAACACAAACUGCACCAUCUUCUUCCUAAUAAACUUUGCAAGGUACGGCAAAGGGUUACACGUCAGAAUGGUCAAUUGUUUUACAAUUACCACUACAGAACAGAACGUUUUCGGAACAGUCCAAUCGUUUCGUCAAUUGAACUCUAUAAUAACUCUAUUUUAUAACAUAAUAUAUAAUAUAACUUUAUAUAUUUUUAUCGAAACAUUUUUAACACGUAGUGAUAGUUUUUGGAUCAGUCCAUUUGUUUCGCCAUUUGAACCUUUGUUAAUAACUCUCUUUUUUUAAUAUAAAUAUCUCAUUUGAAACUUUUAUAAUACCUAAUGUAGAUAGUUCAGUAAUUAAUGUAUAUUUUCUAUAUAUAUGUAAUGCGCGUUCUAAUUUAGUUACCUACUGUAGCUAUUCAAUGUGUAAUCUUUCUAUAAUAAUAAUAAUUAUAAUAAGAUAGAAAAUUAGUAGCACGUAGAUAUGGACGAUGCUUUGCAUGUUUAAGUAAAGGACAUGUAUCCAAGGACUGCCGUCGAAAAACUAAUUGUAAAAUAUGUUGUAAGGGGGGCCACCAUGUAUCUCUUUGUGAAUCCAAAGGGGAGGGAAAUGUUUCGGCCAGUAUUGGAAGUCCAACAAUGCAUGUUCGAUCCGAGAGUCGAGUGGUGUUGCAAACUGCGCAAGGUAUACUGAAAGGUGCUCAAAAUGCAGCACGAAUUCGCGUGAUGUUUGAUACGGGGAGUCAUAAGUCUUUCGUGACUUCCAAGGUCGUAAGGGCUGCGGGGUUGCCAGUAAAAGGAAAGAAUGGUUAGAGAUUAGCACGUUUGGUAAGGCGAUGAAUGAUUAUAAGCUGCGAGAUGUUUUUGACCUUGAGAUUGCACCUUGCAAGGGGAAGAAGCGGUUACUAUAGAAGCGUAUUGUGUUGAAACUAUUGCUCAAGUUCGAAAUGAGCAUAUUGAGUUGCGAAAGGGGGAAUAUCCUCACUUACGGGGACUUUGGUUCUCGGAUGUGUGUAAGAGCAGCGAAGUAUUUGAUAUAGAUAUUCUGGUUGGUUCGGAUUUUCUUUGGUGCUUUCAGAGCGGUACUAUAGUGCGUGGAAGAGCUCAUGAGCCAGUGGCGGUUGAGACAACUUUAGGUUGGGUUCGUUGA